CCCCAGUCCCCGCCCUUGGGUCUGAGGCCCGAGUCCUGGAGCGCUGCCGCUGAAGGGGACUUUGCGAGUCCUGGGCUGUUGCACAGGAUCCCUGGUCUCGGGACAGUCGGCGACAGCACGCACAGAAGUGCGCUCGGCUCGCCCCGGUCGGAGAACGACUUUCCUCCUCCACUUCCUCCUUCUGCUGGGCGGCUCAGCCUCGCGGGGCCGGCUCCUCCUCCUUCUCUACCUCCUCCCCCAGCCGCGGCAGCUCUCAGGCCGGGAUGUGCGGCGCUCACCCCCGCAGUCCCGAGCCGGAGACGCAGCGCUGAGCUUCAGAGCCGAGCGAAGCAAAGGGCCCCCCCGCGCCACCGCCCCUGUCGCGUGCGCCCGGCGCUCCACUUCCCUGGCGGCCGCCGAGACGUUCAGCCCUCCUGCCUUCCCUGGCGGUGUUCCUGCCUCUCAGGGAAGCGGGCGGCCGGCAAGUUUCAGCGCGUUCAGGAGGCGGCCGCGGGUUCCGGGUGUCCCGGGAGGGGUGGCCGCGGCUCCGGGCUCGGCGCCCCGCAAGCAUUUCGGUGAUGGCUUCUCCCCGGCGGCUGAGCCUCCGCCGCCUCCUCCUCCUUCUCCCCGGACUUCUACUGCCUCUUUGCGGUGCUUUCAACCUGGACGUGGACAGCCCUACCGAGUAUUCCGGCCCGGAGGGAAGUUACUUCGGCUUUGCGGUGGAUUUCUUCGUUCCCAGCGCGUCUUCCAGGAUGUUUCUUCUGGUGGGGGCUCCCAAAGCAAACACUACCCAGCCUGGGAUUGUGGAAGGAGGACAAGUUCUGAAAUGUGACUGGUCAUCUAACCGCCGGUGCCAGCCAAUUGAAUUUGAUUCGACAGGUAAUAGAGAUUAUGCCAAGGAUGAUCCGUUGGAGUUUAAGUCCCACCAGUGGUUUGGAGCAUCUGUGAGGUCAAAACAGGAUAAAAUUUUGGCCUGUGCUCCACUGUACCACUGGAGGACUGAAAUGAAACAGGAGAGAGAGCCUGUUGGUACAUGCUUUCUUCAGGAUGGAACAAAGACUGUUGAGUAUGCUCCAUGCAGAUCAAAAAAUAUUGAUGCUGAUGGACAGGGAUUUUGUCAAGGAGGAUUCAGCAUUGAUUUUACUAAAGCUGACAGAGUACUUCUUGGAGGUCCUGGUAGCUUUUAUUGGCAAGGUCAGCUAAUUUCAGAUCAGGUGGCAGAAAUUGUAUCUAAAUAUGACCCCAAAGUUUACAGCAUCAAGUAUAAUAACCAGUUAGCAACUCGGACUGCACAAGCGAUUUUUGAUGACAGUUAUUUGGGUUACUCUGUGGCUGUUGGAGAUUUCAAUGGUGAUGGCAUAGAUGAUUUUGUUUCAGGAGUUCCAAGAGCAGCGAGGACUUUAGGAAUGGUUUAUAUUUAUGAUGGGAAAGACAUGUCUUCCUUACACAAUUUCACUGGUGAGCAGAUGGCUGCAUAUUUCGGAUUUUCUGUAGCUGCCACUGACAUUAAUGGGGAUAAUUACGCAGAUGUGUUUAUUGGAGCACCUCUCUUCAUGGAUCGUGGCUCUGAUGGCAAACUCCAAGAGGUGGGCCAGGUCUCGGUGUCUCUGCAGAAAGCUUCAGGAGACUUCCAAACAACAAAGCUGAAUGGGUUUGAGGUUUUUGCAAGAUUCGGCAGUGCCAUAGCACCUUUGGGAGAUCUGGACCAGGAUGGCUUCAAUGAUAUUGCAAUUGCUGCUCCAUAUGGGGGUGAAGAUAAAAAAGGGAUUGUUUACAUUUUCAAUGGAAGAUCAUCAGGCUUGAAUGCAGUACCAUCACAAAUCCUCGAGGGGCAAUGGGCUGCUCAGAGCAUGCCACCAAGCUUUGGCUAUUCAAUGAAAGGAGCCACAGAUAUAGACAAAAAUGGAUAUCCAGAUUUAAUUGUGGGAGCUUUUGGUGUGGACCGAGCUGUUUUAUAUAGGGCCAGACCAGUCGUCACCAUAAAUGCUGGUCUUGACGUAUACCCGAGCAUAUUAAAUCAAGAAAAUAAAACCUGCAUACUACCUGGCACAGCUCUCAAAGUUUCCUGUUUUAAUGUCAGGUUCUGCUUAAAGGCCAAUGGCAAAGGAGCACUCCCCAGGAAACUUAACUUCCAGGUGGAGCUUCUUUUGGAUAAACUCAAGCAAAAGGGAGCAAUUCGGCGGGCACUGUUUUUCCAUAACAGGUCUCCAAGUUACUCCAAGAACAUGACAAUUUCAAGGGAAGGACAGAUGCAGUGUGAGGAACUGAGAGCAUAUCUGCGGGAUGAAUCUGAAUUUAGAGACAAACUUACUCCAAUUACUGUUUUUAUGGAUUAUCGGUUAGAUUAUCGAACGGCUGCUGAUGCAACAGGCUUGCAACCUAUCCUUAACCAAUUCACUCCUGCCAACAUUAGUCGACAGGCCCAUAUUCUACUUGACUGUGGUGAAGACAAUGUCUGUAAACCCAAACUGGAAGUUUCUGUAGAUAGUGAUCAGAAGAAGAUCUAUAUUGGGGACGACAAUCCUCUGACAUUGAUCGUUAAGGCUCAGAAUCAAGGAGAAGGCGCCUAUGAAGCUGAGCUCAUCGUUUCCAUUCCACCACAGGCUGAUUUCAUCGGAGUUGUCCGCAACAGUGAAGCCUUAGCAAGACUCUCCUGUGCAUUUAAAACAGAAAAUCAAACCCGCCAGGUGGUAUGUGACCUUGGAAAUCCAAUGAAGGCUGGAAUUCAACUUUUAGCUGGCCUUCGUUUCAGUGUACACCAGCAAUCAGAGAUGGAUACUUCAGUGAAAUUUGAUUUACAAAUCCAGAGCUCCAAUCUUUUUGACAAAGUAAGCCCAGUUGUAUCUUAUAAAGUUGACCUUGCUGUUUUAGCUGCUGUUGAGAUAAGAGGAGUCUCAAGUCCAGAUCAUAUCUUUCUUCCAAUUCCAAAUUGGGAGCACAAGGAGAACCCUGAGACUGAAGAAGAUGUUGGGCCAGUUGUUCAGCACAUCUAUGAGCUGAGAAACAAUGGUCCAAGUUCAUUCAGCAAGGCAAUGGUAAUUCUCCAGUGGCCCUACAAAUAUAACAAUAACACUUUGUUGUACAUCCUUCAAUAUGAUAUUGAUGGACCAAUGAACUGCACUUCAGAUAUGGAGAUUAACCCUUUGAGAAUUAAGAUCUCAGCUUCACAGACAAGUGAGAAGAAUGACAGUGUUGUUGGGCAGGGUGACUGGAACCAUCACAUCACCAGGCGGGAUCUCACCCUCAGUGAAGGAGAUGUUCACACUUUGGGUUGUGGAAUCGCUGAAUGUUUGAAGAUUGUCUGCCAGCUUGGGCGACUGGAUCGAGGAAAGAGUGCAAUCUUGUAUGUAAAGUCUCUACUGUGGACUGAGACCUUUAUGAAUAAGGAAAGCCAGAAUCACUCAUAUUCUCUGAAGUCAUCGGCUUCAUUUAAUGUCAUGGAGUUUCCUUAUAAGAACCUUCCAAUUGAGGAUCUCUUCAACUCUACAUUAGUUACCACUGAUGUCACCUGGGGCAUUCAGCCAGCACCCAUGCCUGUACCUGUGUGGGUGAUCAUUUUAGCAGUUCUAGCAGGAUUGUUGUUACUGGCUGUUUUGGUGUUUGUAAUGUACAGGAUGGGCUUUUUUAAACGUGUUCGGCCACCUCAAGAAGAACAAGAAAGAGAACAGCUUCAACCACAUGAAAAUGGCGAAGGAAACUCAGAAACUUAACUGUGAUUUUUAAUUUAUGUUACAUCCUGGCCUAUUAGAAUAACCAACUUUGUUGUAGAUUUAAAUGUCCUUCAUGAAGAAUAAAGUUCCAAGACUGUACCACUGAUAAUGCCCAAUUGGUAUUAACCACAAAAUGAAAACAGUAUUUGUCAAACUUCUUUUUAUAAAUAAGUUCAGACAUACAUUUAAUGCACAUCAACAGACUUGUAUUUUUGGUUAUUUAAAUGAUAAAAUUUCAAGCAAGAGUUCUUAUUCAAUGUACGUAAGACAGGUAGUAUCUGAUGUACUACUUUAUAUAAGAUAGGACCUCUUACAAUUAUAAUUUCUGAUUGAGUAUGUUGAUUUUGUUUGUUGUUGGUGUCUUAAAGCAAUUUAAAUUUGAACCUUAGCAUCAACAUCUUUUGUACAGGUACUUAAUGUUAAUAUACAUUACACUACAGUUGACUCUUCAAGCUACUAAAGACUUUAAAGCUGCAUGAAUUUAGAUUUUAAUAUCAUCUACACGGUAGAUCUUUUAAAAAAACAAAUGAUCCACCAAAAUUCCUCUAAUAACAAAGGUACAAUAUUCUGUUUUAAUAUAAAAAUUGGGUACAUGCUAUUAUGGUUAUAUUUAUGUUUAAUCCACUAUUUUACUACAUUUUAACUUGUAAAGUUUAAUUUCUAGGUCAAAUCCUUAUGCUAAAAAUUAGUUAUCUAAUCAAAAAUGCCUCCUUUGUGUAAUAGUUUCAUUUCAGCUAAACAUCAUGAUAUUUAAAGCCAUAUGGGUUGGAAAGCAUUUCCAAAGUAUUCCAUUAUUUAAAAGUCUGGCCAUUUAUAAUACUUUUUAAAAAGAAAGUAUUUUGUAGUUUAUCGUUCUUUGAUAUAGUUGCUUAUUUGUAAUAUGGUCUUAGAAUAGUGAAGAGUUUUGCAUUGAGAUUAAUUUAUUUUCCUCCUAUAUACAGAUUAUUCUUUAUAUUUCCAAAAUGUUACUGAGAACAGGCCAGGAUCAAUGAGAAAUCUUUAGAAUUUAUAGGAACCCAGACCUUCUACACCUCACCCCAUGAGAAAUGCUUGGAAUCAAAACUCUUAUUAAGAUAGAUCACUGGUUUACUUCUAGUAAUAGCAUGAUGCUACUUAUGUGAAUAUUACCUCAAUUUAAGCAGGGGAAUGUGUGAAACCAGUGUCAGCUAUCAAAAUGACUUAAAAGGUAUUUUUAUAAACACUCAGUUGUUUAUUGAAAAUCUUGUAAAGCUUUUUUAGUUUUAACAUAAAUUACUUUCCUAGGAUAUUUCAUAAAAGCUGCAGAGUUGGCAAGCUCUAAUUUUAGAUGCCCAUAGCGUUGUACUCUUCUAGAGGAACGUAUAAUUUAUUCACAGUUCCUGAAGGCCUGGGGAUAGCUAUCAGUUAUAUCUAUUUUGUGCAAUUACAUCAUAUUGUGCAUUGGAAACUGAGAAUUUGAUAGCUUUUUAACUGCUGUCCUCAUUAGGCAUUGAUAAAUAUUUCCCUUAAAUAACUGACUAUUCUUUAUUUUUAAAAUAAUUAAAAUUUAUUUUGCCAUGUCUUAUGUUACAAUUCCCUGCAUAAGUACAUAAGCUAAUCUUGAGAAUAUAUUCAUAAAAUAAAAGCACAUUUAGGUGAGUUGUAUAAAUUAGAACAUUGACAAAACUCUAUAUUUAGCUUAAGUGAAUUUCAAAAUCUAUGGGUUUUGGAAUUUAGGUUUUAUUAGCAAUAUAAAAGAUCUUUGUCACUUGCAAUAAGUAUUUUUAUUACCAGUAAAUUUUCAAAAUUAAAAAAUAUAUAUUUUUAUUUUAUGGCCAAGUAUUGCAUACACCAGGCAGCCAAAGCCACUAAAUUGGACUAAAACAGCGUUUAUCUUACCUGUUUUCCUACCUAAAAGCACUCAUUCCUGAAAAUAUGUGUUGGGUAGAAAUUCACUCUUGCACAAAAAUAUUAGUAUUUUGCACAAUCUGUCUAUCUCUAGGUAUAAUCUUGUAUUGAUACUAAAGGUGGUACUAAAGGACUUGUAAUUGGAAAUUAACAUAGUAUUUAAAAUGAAAUGUCAUGAAAUAUUAUUUUAGUUAAUACGGAUUUUCUUACAAAAAUUAAAAAUUUAUAUCUCCAUAAAAAUAUGGUAGAAGUAUAAUUUGAAAGCCUGCUCUAAAGAAAAUGUUUGGAAAACAUGUUGGCAUUCUUUUUUUACCCUAAAGUAGCAUGUGAAUGUAUUUGAUUAAAACACAUUAAAAAAUGGUCCUAUGAAAAAACAUGUAUUUUAAAUUUCCAAACAUUUUAAAUACUACUAUUUGUGAUUUAUUAAAAAUUAAAAUCUAUUUUAAAAUACAAAAUUCUUGUAAUCUGAUUCAAUUUUAAAAAUCUGAUUCAGUUUUAAAAAACAUGAGUGAGCUGGAGAAUAUAAAAGGCUUGAAAAAUUGAAUAUUGAUACUGAUUGAUUUUUUUUUAAUAGGGGAAUUUGUUUCAGAAUUAUAUUUUGAAAAAUAUUUGUGUCAGGGUCAUUCUUUUCUUCCCUUUAUUUUUCUCUUGAGAAAUUACUGUAAUUUUUAUAGUUCUAAUUAAAUCCAGUGAUUCUGAAGUGUAAAGCAAUCAAAAUAUUAUUGUCACAAUUCUCCCUGUGUUAUGAAACUAUUCAUAGUAGAUUCUUACUUAACACUUACUAUUUAUUUAAAGAGAAAAUUCAAGUAUCAGUAAAAGAAGCUAUACUUGCUUCUUUAAGAGGGCUCUGAAAGUUUUUGAUAGUGAAUCAUGGCCCUGAGAGAGAGAGAUUUAUGUGGCAAACAUACAAUGUGUGAUAAAUCAGCUGUUUUUGUAAUACAAACAGAAAUUGUAAGUUGAUAGACAUUCCUGCACUGCAGAAUGUAGUGCACAGCCUAUGGAAAAGAAUAAGUCAUUCUUGAGUAUCUGUGGGUGGCCAUUGCCAAUUUUAGUGUUAACUUUGUUUUUACUCUUAGAUAUCUUGUAUAUAUAUAUAUAGUAGUUUGAUAAAUUAGAAAAAAAUUGAAAAUUUGAAAAUCAAGUAUAGGAUCAAAAAGGGUAAAUGAAAUGACUUAAUACUCAGUGUUUUGGAGAAUACACCUUUUAACUUCUUGGGCUAGUUUAAAAGAUGAACCUGUGUUCAUGCUGCAGGCAAUAUUUGCCUGUAUUUCAUUGUAAUUUCUGAUACAUGUGAAUUUCUUGGGGAGAGGUACUGAAUCUUUGAUUUUUGUUGUCAUUGUUCUCAAGUGCAAUAUAACAGUAUAACCAAACUUAGAUAAUUUCAGUCAUUAUUAAUGUAGUCUAAUCUAAACCGAUUUAUUAGUAUUUUUGGUAGUAGAAGGGAUUAAUUCUGUUGUGGAUAUACAAAUGAAGUUACCGUUCAGAGAUCCAUUCUACAUUUUCUAUCAGGCUGUUUAUGAACUAUUCCCUACCAGUUUGGAAACACAUUCAAAUAUCUUGAGGUAACUUGGAAACUGUAUAUAUCAAAUUAAUUUGAUACCUAAGUAACAUAGAAAGUAAUUUUCUUUGUUUAACUUCUCUUGGGAAUCACCCACAUUGGGUGAGAAAUAAAAUGAGUGUGGUCUAAAAUUUGUCAUUUGCUAACUUGAUUUUCAGUUAGUGAAAACUAGUACAGUGUUCUGUUUAGUUUCCAAUAUGUAACUUGUGAGUGUAUAAUAAACUUGAACAUCAGGUACCA